CCUUAGCCCAUCAAAAAAUUAUAAACGGCAUUCCAAUAGAAAGAAAACCCUAACUGUUGUGCACUUGUGCCCCUGUCCCCUGAGAGUAUCACCUCCAUAACCCUAGAGAGCUUUCAGAGCGUAACGAGCUUCAACCAUGACUUUCAAGCGCAGGAACGGAGGAAGAAACAAGCAUGGCCGUGGCCACGUAAAAUUCAUUCGCUGCUCCAAUUGCGGCAAGUGCUGUCCCAAGGACAAAUCAAUCAAGAGGUUUCUUGUGAGGAACAUUGUUGAGCAGGCUGCAGUUCGAGAUGUUCAGGAAGCCUGUGUCUAUGAGCAAUACACUCUUCCGAAGCUGUAUGUGAAGAUGCAGUACUGUGUUUCGUGUGCUAUUCACUCUCAUGUUGUGAGGGUGCGUUCUCGCACUGAUAGGAGGAACCGUGAGCCUCCGCAACGCUUUGCUAGACGCAGGGAUGAUGCACCAAGGCCCGGUCAACCUGGUCAAGCUCCUCGUCCUGCUGGAGUUGGAGCUGCUCCACGUGCUUGAACUCAUUCUAUAAUUUUAGGCCUUGUUAAUUCAAUCUUGUUAAGAACUUAAUUUUCUUUUGCUGCUUAUGAUUUAAAUAUCAGUUAUGUUGGGAUAAUGAUGUUUUUUUCUUAGUCUGGUUGCCUGGAAUACUGAACCAUAACAAUUUAAUGAUUUUGAUGAGAAUGGUUACGGACUUCGAUUAUCUUACGUUUUCGAAUGCUCAAAUGUAAUUUGUCAA